AUGCCGCUGAAGCGAACACCCAUCAAGCACCAAGAGUCCACGUCAUCUGCAGGAAGCAAUCCGCCUGCUGCAACACCGAUUACCAGUAAUUCACCUUCAACUAGCGUUAAGAAGAUCAAGAAAGCGCAACGAUUGAUCAUGGAACAGGUAGAAGCAUUCGUCCACCAGCGUGGGCUGGCAAAAGGUAAGCUAACUAGAAUUUUAAACAUACUGCAUGAAAACGAUGAGCUGCCAUCUUCUCAACUGCGAGUCUAUGCAAAGAAGAUAGACUCGGCGCACAAAGAAUACCACGACAUACAGGAGAAGAUGCUUCCUCUAAUUCCAUCCUCAAGUAGAGAAGAGCAUGAUGCACAUUUUUUGAUAUUUGAUGAGCUCCACGAUCAAGUACUAAUGGCUUUGGAAGACCAUAUGGAGCGUUUAAGUGUUGCUCCAGUAGGUUCCAACCCAAACGUAGCUGCUCCGCUUCGGAACCCAGUGAUGGUUCAGCAACCGUUGAAGGUACCGAUUCCGACUUUCGACGGUAAGUACGAAAACUGGUCAAAGUUCAAAGUCGUGUUCAGAGACCUGGUAGAUAACACAGCCGACCCUCCCGCCAUUAAGCUUUACCACCUAGACAAGGCCCUGGUGGGCAGUGCCGCUGGAAUUAUUGAUGCCAAGACGAUCAACGAUGGCAAUUACAAGCAUGCCUGGGAGAUACUGCAGGAACGGUAUGAGAACCUACGACACAUGGUAGGAACUCAUAUCCAUGGCCUCUUCAGUCUCAGAAAAAUGGCAAAUGAAAACGGUAAAGAGUUAAGAGCACUAGUGGACGAGUGCUCGAGGCAUGUUGAAAACUUGAAAUUCCUCAAUCAAGAAUUCACUGGCAUAUCGGAGCAGUUCGUUGUGCACCUGCUCUCCGAAGCCCUGGAUAAGGAAACAAGAAGACGAUGGGAGACUACCAUCAAGCAUGGAGAGCUUCCAUCAUACGAUGCAACCAUCAAGUUUCUGAAGGAGCAGUGUUUCAUCUUGGAGAGAUGUGAAACCUCCAAUUCAAAGGAGAACCAACCAGCAAAGAAGUCUGUUAAGAGUACUGGUCAGCACUCACUGGUUACCACGUCCGCCAGCGAGUCAAAGUUCAAGUGCGAGUUCUGCGGUGAUUCUCAGCACAAAGGGUUCAGGUGUCCCCAGUUCUUAGCCAUGUCCGUUCCCCAGCGACUCGCGAAGGUGCGAGAAAGGAACGUUUGCUUCAACUGUCUUAGGAAGGGACAUCGCGGAUUAGACUGUCCUUCCAAUCGAACGUGCGUUAAGUGUCAGCGUAAGCACCAUAGCCUAUUGCAUGCGGACAGUCAGCCUUUUAAAGCAGCGGAAAUUCCCGACGAAACGAAGUCAUCCAGACCAGCAGCACAGGUUCAAGCACCGAAAGCGGAUGAGCAACGGCCGUCUACUAGUACACAAGUGACGACUGCAGCUUGCUCAACAAACAAGGGACUAGUAGUUCCAUCGGUCCUACUGCUAACCGCAGUCGUAAACGUGAUGGACAGAAACAAUCACCCACACCCCUGUCGUGUUUUAUUGGAUUCUGCUUCCCAGGUAAAUCUGAUUUCACAAGGCAUGGCAGACCGUCUCGGUUUAGAUGGAUAUCAUACAAACGUUAGAAUUGCUGGAGUUGAUGGAAUGCUGUCUCGUACUGACAAGGGUAUCGAAGUGCAGAUCCGAUCCAGAUACCUGGACUAUCAGCUGAAGCUCAAUUGCUUGAUAACCAAAAGGGUGACAUCAAAUCUUCCAGUUUCAAAUAUAGACAUCCGUUCAUGGGAGAUUCCAGCUGGAGUUCAACUGUCCGAUCCAUCAUUCAAUUCUACUGGCGGGAUUGACAUGCUAAUCGGCAAUCAAUGGUUCUUGAAGUUACUUCUACCAGGGCGCAUCAUACUUUCCGAAGAGCUUCCUAUCAUAACUGAAACGAAGUUCGGUUGGGUGGUAGGUGGUACACAUUGCAGCGAAGCCAUUCAGGAUAAUGUCGUGUAUUCACAUUCGGUUACGAUCGAGGAACUUUGCGACUCGAUUCAGCGAUUUUGGGAAGUAGAGAGCGUUCCCCAGCAAUUCCAGUCAAGCACCGAAGAGGAUGAAUGUGAAAGGCACUUCAUAGCAACACACCGAAGAGAUGAAACAGGAAGAUAUGUGGUGCAAUUGCCAUUAAGAGAUUCACUGGAGCAGCUCGGAGAAUCCAGCUCGUUGGCGCUCCGACGAUUCUUCGGGUUAGAGAAACGUUUUGCCCAACAACCAGAGUUAAAACGGCAAUACGUAGACUUCAUGCAGGAGUACGAAUCCUUGGGUCACUGUAAGGAAGUAUAUGAGAAGAAUGACGCACCAGGGAUGAGAAAGUGGUACUUACCUCAUCACGCAGUUUUACGACCUUCAAACACAACAACGAAGUGCCGCGUUGUUUUUGAUGCGUCUGCUAAGAUGUCUGGUUUAUCAUUGAAUGAGAUGAUGAAGAUUGGUCCAAUCAGCCAAAGCGAUUUGCUUGCUAUAGUGCUCAGAUUCCGGGAACAUCGAUUUGUUUUGACGGCUGACAUUGCAAAAAUGUACAGGCAGAUUGUGGUUGCUGAUUGUCACACCCCUCUACAAAGAAUAUUUUGGAGAAAGAAUCCUUCUGAUCCACUUCGAGUGUUAGAACUAACCACGGUUACCUAUGGGACGGCUUCAGCACCUUUUCUGGCAACAAGGGCACUUCUUCAAUUGGCAAUUGAUGAGAAGCACAAAUAUCCUCUAGCAGCUUCCAUUGUCGAGAACAGCUGUUAUGUGGACAACGCACUCUUUGGUUACGAUAGCCUUCCGCAGGCGUUUGAAGCUCAAAGGCAGCUAAUCAGCAUGAUGGAGGCCGGUGGCUUUCAUCUUCAUAAAUGGUCGUCAAAUAUUCCAGAGCUGCUAGAAUCGUUACCGAGAGAAGAUCGUGAAGAGUUAGUAAGUUUAAGCGAAUAUGGAGCAAAUGAAGUAAUAAAAACCUUGGGUAUUAUGUGGAAUCCAGAUUCAGAUGAAUUAAUGUUUGUAUCGAUGCCCACCACGAACGUAAAGCAGCCUACAAAGCGUCAGAUUUUGUCGCUAGUCUCCCAGAUGUUCGACCCUUUGGGACUAGUGGCUCCUGUCGUCGUUAUUGGGAAAAUGUUAAUGCAAUUGGUCUGGAAGGAGAAACUCGAUUGGGACGAGCCAAUUGUUGGUGAUUUGGUCAAAGGUUGGACAGGUUUCUUACAUGCACUGGAAGGGGUCAAUCAACUUCGGAUACCAAGAAGAGUGGUAAGCAGCAGUGCUGUGGCAUUCGAAAUGCAUGGGUUUGCGGAUGCCUCCGAUGUGGCAUACGGAGCUUGUGUAUAUAUACGGUCGAUAUGCGAAGAUGGAUCUACAAGCAUGAAAAUUAUUAGUGGAAAAUCGAAAGUGGCUCCCAUCGCACCGCUAAGUAUACCAAGAAAGGAGUUGUUGGCAGCUCUUCUGCUGCAUCGUCUGGUAGUGAAAAUUCUUUCUGCUUUGAAAAUGUCAUUCAAUGAAGUGAUACUUUGGUCAGACAGUCAGGUAAUAUUGGCAUGGCUUACUAAGCAACCCGAGCAGUUGGAUUUAUAUGUUCGCAAUCGAGUGAGAGAAAUAACAGCAACUGGUACUAAGUUUGAGUGGAAAUAUAUUCCAACAAAGGAUAAUCCCGCUGACAUAGUGUCACGAGGGUUAUCAGCUAGCAAGGUAGCGAAUAGUGAUUUGUGGUGGAAUGGUCCAGCGGUUUUGAGAGAUGCAAUUUAUCGAAUGGAAAUUCCCCCACCCUUGCCCAUCGAAGAAAUCCCAGAGUUAAGGCCAAUCGUUUCGGUGAAUAUAGUUGCGAGGUACGAUGAACUUCCAGUGUUCACUAAAUUCGAGUCAUUUAGAAAACUGCAACGCGUCUUAGCCUAUGUGCUACGAUUUCGCAACAACGUCAAGAAAAGGAAGGAAAAUCGCACUUUAGGAAAACUACCAACAGUGAUUGAGCUUCGUGAGGCUAUGAAGACAACAAUUCGGGUAGUGCAAAACCUGGAGUAUAACAGCGAGAUCCAGCGUGUUUUAACAGGUGAGCCCUGCAAAUAUAUGCAAAAUUUGUGUCCUUUAUUGGACCAUGAAGGUUUACUGCGAGUUGGUGACCGACUGCGCCAUUCCAAGCUACCAUUCGACGUAAAGCACCAGUGGAUUUUGCCAGCUAAUAAUCCGGUGGUUCGAAGUCUAAUCAAGGCAUUGCAUCAGGAGAACCUGCAUGUAGGUCCGUCAGAACUGAUGGCGAUUCUUCGACAACAGUUUUGGAUCCCUAAGUGUCGCAACACCAUACGACUGAUUACGAGAAUCUGUGUUCGUUGUUUCAAGGUAAAUCCAAAAACAUUGAAUCAAUUUAUGGGAGAUCUACCUGGAUGUCGCUUGGAAAAAGCUCCUGCAUUUUUGAAGGUUGGUGUGGAUUUCGCCGGGCCCAUUAUGAUAAGGCAGGGCGUCCGUAAAGCAAUUCCAGUGAAGGGCUACAUUUGCGUUUUCAUUUGCAUGGUCACCAAGGGAAUACAUUUGGAGGCGACGUGGAGUCCCUGA